AUGGCGCCAUCCUACGAGAACCUGCCGCUCGACGACGACGAGUUCGACGAGUCCAACAUCGACUUUACCGACAUUGAAGAACAAUUCCAAGUGCGCCUCGACGAGGGACUCGAUGCGUUUGUGGUGAUUGACGGCCUGCCCGUGGUGCCCGAGGACAGCAAGGGCAAGCUGGUCAAGUUUGUGCUGCGCAAACUGAACACGGUGGGCAAGGUCAAGGAGGACGGCGUGCACAUGCCCGUGGGAGACAAUGGCAAGACUGAGGGAUAUGCCUUUGUCGAGUACAGCGCGCCCGCCGAGGCGGUCGCGGCCGUCAAGCAGCUGCACGGAACCGCGCUCGACAAGAAGCACACCAUGGCCGUGAACAAGCUCACCGACAUCGACCGCUACGGGAAGGAGGGCCGCAUCGACGAGGAGUACCACGCCCCCGAGAUUGCGCCGUUCGAGCAGAAGGAGCACUUGAGGUGGUGGCUCGGCGACCCCGACAGCCGCGACCAGAUGGCCUUCUACCGCGCCGACAAGGUGGGCAUCUUCUGGAACGAGAAGGAGGAGACGCCCGAGCAGAUUGUCGACCGCGAGAACUGGACCGAGUCCUUCAUCCAGUGGUCGCCGCGCGGCACCUAUCUCACAUCGAUGCACGCGCAGGGUGUGCAGCUGUGGGGUGGCAAGGCGUGGAGCAGACAGAAGCGAUUCGCACAUCCCGGCGUCAACCUGGUCGACUACUCACCCGGCGAGAAGUACCUCACCACCUGGUCGCACCGCCCGCUGCAGGUCGACGAGAACAACCCCGUCCCGUCGCUCUCGCUCGAGGACGACGGCAAGAACUACAUCAUCUGGGACAUCGCCACGGGCAAGCCGCUGCGGUCGUUCCAGACCAUCGACGUGCCCGCGGGCACCGACGCCGAGGGCAACCCCGUCAAGAAGAAGAUGCAAUGGCCAACGUUCAAGUGGUCAGCCGACGACCAGGCGAUACACGUGUUUGUCCUCAUCACCACCGGCGAGGUCGUCCCCAACGCAGCAGUCGGACCCAAGACUGCUGUGUCCUUCUUCGCACCCGAGAAGCUCAAGGGCGGUGCUCCCGGUAACUUCCGCCACAUCCGCACCAUCGACAAGAAGAACAGCAACGCCAUCUACUGGUCGCCCAAGGGCCGAUUCGUCGUUGUCGCUGCUCUGCAAUCACAACAGUCUUUCGAGCUCGACUUCUAUGAUCUCAGCUUCGAGAAGCCCAAGGAUGAGUCCGAGAAGGGCGACAAGGAGCUCAACGCCAACCUACAGCUCAUGGAGACGGUCGAGCAUUACGGAGUCACCGACAUCGAGUGGGACCCCACUGGUCGCUACGUUGCUACCGUUGCAAGUGCGUUCCGCCACCGCAUGGAGAACGGCUACCACCUGUACGACUUCAAGGGCACGCUCCUCCGCGAAGAGAGCAUCGAGGGCUUCAAGCAGCUCCUCUGGCGCCCACGCCCACCUACCCUGCUCUCCAAGGAAGAGCAAGCCGAGAUCCGCAAGAACCUGCGCAACUACUCCAAGGUCUUCGACGAGCAUGAUCUUGCCAAGAGGAGCUCCGCCAACCGCGCUGUUGUCGAGGCACGCCGCGAGAUGCUGCAAGAAUGGAAGCAAUGGCGUGAGGAUGUCUUGCACAGGCUUCAAGAGGAAGGUGCGGAUCUGGAACUCAGUGCUGCGAAGGGAGAGGCGCCGGGUAAGGCGGAAGACGGCCAUCUUGAGGAGAUUGAGGAGAUUGUCGAGGAGAUUAUCGAGGAGACUGAGGAGGUCAUGUAG